CGGCCCCCGUUUGGAUAGCAAUAAACAGAAACAGAAAAUGUUUCAGGAGAGUCGAGGCAAUAUAAUCAAGGGGGAUUUUCUGCCGCUUAAAGCGUGAGAGAACUAACCGGCCUUUACAGGCAUAUAGUCUAGGGAAACGUAUGACUGCAGCAGUCAGGAGGGGUUGUUUACAUUUCUCAUCAUGGAUUGGAGCACACAGAAGUUGUUUUACACUAUUAUAUUCCUACUUUUAGGAGAAAGCGUAGCUCCAAGUUACGCAUCAGGUGUAAACAGCGGAGAUGACACGUUUACUAUCCAGCACAAUGGGAAUGGGAAAUGCCUCCUGGUCCAGAAUGAAGCCUUGAUGUUGGGAGAUUGUUCGUUAGUCCCAGCCGUGUCGUGGAAGUGGGGUUCGGCCCACAGGCUGUUCCACGUGGAAUCGUCUAAGUGUCUGGGCCUGGAAGUGCGCUCCAAAACGGUGACCCUGUCCAGCUGCGACUCCACGGAGAUUCUGCGGUGGAAGUGCUAUGAGGACGUCAUCUACACAGAAUACCAAAUGAAACUCAGCGCCGGGCCUAACAACUCCGUAACUGCCAAGAGGGAUGGACAGGACACUUGGAAAAGAGGAGGGAGCUCGGAUAACAUCUGUCAGUGGGCGUAUCAAAGAAUGCACACAAGCGGGGGGAAUUCUAACGGGGCACCCUGUGAGUUCCCCUUUCUCUACAAUGGGACCUGGCACCACAGCUGCCUGCCUGGCACUGGCGACAGAACGCUGGACUGGUGCUCUACUACAGCAAACUAUGAUCUAGAGAAAAAGUGGGGAACUUGUCUGAAAUACGUGGAAGGAUGUUCCACUUUAUGGGAAGAAGGCCCAGUGAAAGGGCGCUGCUAUCAGGUGGUGUCCACAGCGGUGGUGUCCUGGCACGAGGCACGGGAUGCCUGUCGGAGUCAAGAUGGUGAUCUGCUUAGUGUGUCUAGCCCUGAAGAGCUUGAGUUCUUUAAAGAUCGGAAAGACUUGCCAAGCAAGCUGUGGAUUGGCUUAAACCAUCUGGACUGGAUGCAGGGUUGGCAGUGGUCCGAUGGAUCAGCUUUUUCUUUUGCCCCUUGGGAAACAGGCAUCCCAAUAAGAUCACUUUUGUCGGAUGAGGACUGUGGGGUUCUGAAGGAGCCGCUGACUUUUGGCGCAGAGACGUGUGAAAAUCGGCUUCCAUUCAUCUGCAUGAAGAAUCACAAAGACAAUGCGACUACAGCAGUCAGGGAGGUCUAUAAGCCCACGUUGUGUAAAGAUGGUUGGAUCGGGUGGAAAGGAUUCUGUUAUAAACUCCACAGUGCAACGGAGUCAAGACUGUCCCAGCAUGAAGCUCAGGGCGUGUGUAAGAUGGAGAGAUCUCAGCUUGCCAGCAUUCAGAGUUUAGAAGAAAUAGAAAUGCUACACACAUACUUUCACGCAGAUCUGAAGACCGAUGUAUGGAUUGGUCUUUUGGGUAAUGGAAGCACCUCAGUCUUCGAAUGGGUCGAUGAAGUACCAGUGUCUUUCACAUACUGGGCCAGAGCUCAACCUCCACCACUUCUACCAAAUACCAUCAACUGCGUGUACUAUGCUGGAGAGCAUCACACAUGGUCUGUGUCUGACUGUAAAAAGUCAAAAGCUUACAUGUGUAAGUUAAAGGGAGAUGUGAAUGCGAGCGCCCCAGAGGAAGGCUGCCCUCCAGACGGGAACUGGAAGAGACAUAGCAAUGCUUGCUAUAAAGUAGACACUGAGCCUAUGUUCUUCAAAAACAGCUGCCACAUCACCAUUAAUAACAGGUUUGAACAGGCCUUCAUUAACAGUCUUCUGAAAGAGCAUAUCAGCUCUGGGGUUUUGAAUUUCUGGACGGGCCUUCAGGACACUAAAGGGUCCAGGGAGUACCAGUGGAUCAGUCAGGAUGGGAGAGCAGAUCAGGUCACCUACACCAAUUGGAAAUGGCUAGAACCAGCUUUCGCCGGUGGCUGUGUAGUGAUGUCUACUGGGAAUCCUUUGGGCCAGUGGGCUGUCAAAAACUGCACUUCUUUCAAAGCUGGUAAUAUCUGUAAGAAACCCAUACAAUCCAUGCCAAUCCAACCCACCCCAGAUCCAAUUGUGCCCAACCCCAAUGCUUCCUGCGCGCCAGGAUGGGUCUCAAGGGAAGGCCUAAACUACUGUUACAAGGUGUUUCACGAAGAGCGUUUGAGCCGGAAGCGCUCGUGGGAAGAGGCGGAGCGUUUCUGUGAGGCGCUAGGAGGUCAUCUGCCCAGCUUUGCUGAGCCGAAAGAUAUGCAAGCGUUACAUUUCAUCCUGAGAGACUCUAUCAGUGAUAAUCGUUUUUUUUGGGUGGGACUAAAUCGUCGAAAUCCAAAUAACAACAACUGGGAGUGGAGUGAUGGGCGUCCGGUCUCCAUGAUGAUCUUUCCUGAGGAGUUCAACGAAGAUGAUGCCUAUAACAGGGAAUGUGUUGCCUUUAAGUCUUCGAAAGGAACCUACAAGCCGUUUCUCCUCCUCCUGUAUUAUAAUAUUCUUCCACGGUCUUUUUAUCCCAGCACCUUUCACUGUGACGCCAAACUGGAAUGGGUGUGUCAGAUUCCACGAGGUCAAACACCUAAAACUCCAGAGUGGUACAACCCAGAUGGGCACCAUAACACAUCAGUGUUUAUAGACGGCCAGGAGUUCUGGUUUGUAACAGAGCCACAGCUGUCGUUUGAUGAGGCCGUUUUGUACUGCAGCAGCAACAACAGCAAACUCGCCACACCCACCAGCUUUUCUGCUCUCCGCCUCCUUCAGGAACAACUUUUUCAGCAUGCAGGAAAAGAGUUUUUUAGGUGGUGGGCAGACCUGCGUUAUCCUGGUCCUCAUCUUCCCUUCAUCCCCUUUCAUCCAGCGUUCCUGGGCAGAUGUCCUUCUCUCACUCCCAUGUCUCUUGAACCCGGUUAUACCAGAAGCUGUAAUGAAAGACAGCCGUUUGUGUGCGAGACCCUAAAUGUGACUUCUGCGGAGAAAGGAAGCCCAGAACCGCACCCACUCGGCACCCCAUGUGGGGGAAACUCCCAGCACUUCAAAGACAAGUGCUACUUUAUUUUGUAUGAGUCUUAUUUCCAUAACUUCAAAGAUGCCAAUGAGUUCUGUAAAAGACUGCAAGGCUCGAUGCUCACUAUAUCUGACCAAGUUGAACAGGACUUCAUCACUACAAUGUUACCGCAGUUACUUGGGCAACCUCAGAAGGUCUGGAUUGGUCUGAAGUUCAACCUGCAUGACACUCAGUGGGUGGAUAACUCGCCAGUUGAAUAUCUGAACUUCAAUCCUCUCCUGCAUGGCCAGUUACGACCCAUAUUCAUCAAUACGUUUGAACAAGACUCCCUGGAGCUCUGUGCCUACAUGUACAAUGAUGAUCAUUCAGACAUGAUGGGCACCUGGGACUACACCUCCUGCUCUGACCGGCUGAAUCUCAGCAUCUGCCAGCAUUAUGCAGAUAAACCGGAGGAACCUAAGCCUGAGGAUAACUUCACCGUUCAUAAUCAUACAUUUAAGGUGGUACAGCAGGACAAUUUAACAUGGUCAGAGGCUCUUCUGGUGUGCCGGAACAACGAUAUGGACUUGGCCAGCAUACCGAAUGCAUAUGUCCAAGCAGUGCUUACAGUGCAAGUUUCUCGAAGAGGACAGCCACUCUGGAUUGGACUCUUAAGUGAAGAUGAAGGGGAGCACUACCACUGGACAGACCACAGCCACACUGAGUUCAACCGCUGGUCCUCUGAAGCCACUAAAGGGGCCUGUGUGUAUCUGGACACUGAUGGUUUCUGGAAGGCCACUGAAUGUGAAGAAGAGCUUUCAGGAGUGAUCUGCCACAUCCCACACAAUAAGACCGUCACUCCUGAAGUGCAUUCUGUCACAUGUCCCCACAAAAGCAAUGGACAGAGCUGGAUAAGCUUUAAGAACAACUGCUACACGUUACUGCUGGGGUCCUCAAGGUGGGGCAACAACAACAUCAGUGAACAGCAGAUCUGCAAGACUCUUGCUGGGUAUGGAGAAAUCCUGACCAUUCGUGAUGAGGCCGAGAAUGAUUUUAUCAGGAUGCAAUUGCAGCCGUUCAGAAACUUGGUUUCGUUUGUGUGGCUGGGAAUAAACCAAAACAAGACCGAUGAGCAGCUGAAAUGGCUUGAUGGAAGCAAUGUGCAGUUCUCCAACUGGAAAUAUGGUGAAAGACCAAACAUCACAGAACCCUCAAUGGCUGGCCUCAACGUGAUUGGAGAGUGGGAAAUAAUAACCAACCAACAUCUUUUCAAUGCCUUCAAACAGCAAAGUAUUGUGGUGUGCAAGAUUGAAAAUGAUCCCAAAGAUGAAUUCAUGAAGGGUGUGGUUGAGGUUAAUACUCCAGAUGGUAUAAGUUACCGUCGAGUGGCCAAGAAAAUGGACUGGUAUCAGGCACUGCAAGAGUGUGGCAGCAAUGGAGGCCAUCUUGCCAGCAUUGGUGACAAAACGACUAACGACAACAUGGCUCUGAUCGCCAAAAGGGACGGCUUUUCACUGUGGAUUGGCCUCUCCAAACAAGAUGUAAGCGGAUGGCCCUUUGAGUGGUCAGAUGGGACCGCGGUAAAAUUCCAGCCUGAUGGAUUUGUAGCUGAUGGCCAUGAAUCAGAGGAAAAGUGUGUGUUUGUUGACUCCAAAGGCACCUGGUCAUCUGUCAACUGCCAUGCAGCCCAAGAAGGGGCCAUCUGCUACAACAGCAUCAAUGAAAGAACUAGUGCACAUCUCCUGUCUCAGUCCAGCAGUAGUUGUCCUAAGAGUGAUAGUCAGACCUCUUGGGUCCUCUUUAAAGAUUACUGUUAUGCUUUCAACACGUACAACUACUCAGUCUUUACCAUGGAGGAUGCCAAGAACGUGUGUCAGAAUCUGGAUUCUUCGUCCAAGCUGUUAACCAUCAAGAGUAAAGAGGAGAAUGAUUUUGUCUCCAACUAUAUGAUUAACAACCCUUCCAUCACCAGCAGAGUGUGGCUGGCGCUCAACUUUGACUCCAAAGGUAAGCCCAGUGGCUGGCAGGACGGCAGUGAACUGGACUUCUCCAGCUGGGAUGAAAAAUUAGGGCCGCAAUUAUCACAGGACACAUCGGAGAUCUGCGCAGUCAUGGUCUCCAGCAAAGGCAUCUGGACCCGAGCCAACUGCUUGUACAGUCGCAGCCGGCUCGUCUGCAAAGCACCUGCCUAUCCAGGUAGCCCUGUGGCUUUGAUCUUCUUCAUCAUUGUACUCCUCUGCAUCAUCGUCGCUGGCGUCUUCCUCCUAUACCAGAAAAACAAGCAUCGCUUCCAUUCGACUGUCCGUUACCAGCGCAACUUUGAUGACGCGGACAGUACGAGUAUAAUUAAUAAUGCAGAAUAAUGCCUCAAGUGAACGAUGUCAAAUUAAACGGUAGCUACGAUGUGCCUUUUACUACAAACACUCUAUGCCAUCAACAGGAACACCCGCUUCAGUGGUUCAAACUAAGGUUAUUUAUUAUCCACCUCACAGCAUGGCUUAAACGGAUGACUCGACAGUUUUUGUAAAGGAAAACAGGAGUGGUAAUGUUUGAGGUUUUAAUGUUUAAAUUAAAAUGUCUGGGUAUAUUUUAAUAGGAGGACUGCUGGUACUUUCUGUACUAUAAAAAUUUGAUUGUGUUACUUUGGCUUUUCUUGAAAUUAAGUCAUCAAAAUCAGGGUUUUUCACUCCUCUUGAGCUGCACUGAAUAUUAACUUGCUCUUAGAGCUGGGAAGAUUUUAAGAUUUGUACAUUUUGGAAGAUUUUCCUCUUUUCUUUUUGAAGAUGUUAUUUUAUCUGAGCGUCAAGGAUCCCAAACCUAGUUAUCGUUUUUCCUUUUUUUUUUUUCUAAUUUGAUUUCUGAAAGCCACUCUUUAAAAUUGAUAGAUUUAUUAGUCAUCACUCAAUAGAACAUUCCUAUCAAACUUGCCAUAACAGUGUUUUGUUUUCCAACGAUGAUUACCAUGUACUUCUCCUUGUAUAAUAGCUUGGUUUCUGUACAACAGCUUAUAGUAACGCAGUGCACUGAGUGCAGUGCAAGAUGCUAAUGAUACAAUUACAUUCAGAGAUUAUAUCUAUGCACUCUUUUGCUUAAUUCACUCAAACUACUGAAAUCUGAUGCACUUUAAUGAGCUUUUUGAAUCGAACUAUUAGUAAAGGAAGUAGUACAUGCUUUGUAAAUAUUUUAUUAUAUUUUUGUUGUUGCUGUUGAUUGUUUGUUUGGGUUUUUUCUUUCUUUCUUUACUCCAAACUACACCAAAGAUGAUUGGGAAUUGAUGGUAAUAUAUUGCAAACCCAAACGUGUUGACUAAAGCUGCUUUUGUAAAAAGAUUUUUUAAGAGAAUCUUUUGUGAUCCUUGUCUUUUGAUUUGAAUACAUAUCAACUUUCCUCUGUUUUGACCACAGCAGAAGAUGCUCAAUAAAACUAUGUACGUCUUCUAAUAGUA